AUGUCGGCGUCGGCGUCUGUGAAGAAGGCGGAGAAGACCGACGCGAAGCCGGCGGUACCCGAGGAGUACGUUACUCUCGUUGUGACGGACCAAGACGGGCGCAGGCUCACCCGCACCAUGCGGAGGAGCGACCAACUGCAGGUCCUCAUGGACUUCUACUAUUCCAUGGUGCCCACCGUCAAGCAGGGCGAAGGGGUUUUCAACUACCGCGGGCCGGAGAUCAGCCGUGCCGGCUCGAAAACGCCGGCGGACUUCCAGAUGAAGGACGGCGACGAGAUCCGCUUCUUCCCAGAGAUCGAGCUCGUCACCCCCGUGCUGCGGGACUUCACAGGACGCAGCUUCACCCGCACCAUGCGGACCACCGACCAGCUUCAGGUCCUGAUGGAUUUCUACCACGACAUGGUUCCCUCCGCCGGCGUGGUGCCUGGAGUCUUCCUGUACUGUGGCGAGGGUGUGACGGGCGAGCAAACGCCGGUGGGCAUCGGGAUGAAGGAUUGGGACAGGAUCUACGUCGUUCCGACGGUGCGUGGCGAGGUGGGCCGAGAGAACAAGUCCGACGACGACUAUAUCACGCUCACGGUGCGGGAAGCCGGCUACGAACACCAGGCCAUGGUCCACCUCACCUUGCGGCAGACUGAAAAGGUGAGGGUCUUGAUGCGUUUCUACUAUGACAUCAUGCCGGCUGCUUGCCAGGUCGGUGGAGUUUUCUUUUUCGACGGUACCCGCCUGAGUGGCGAGGUGACACCGUCGCAAAUCGGAAUGGAAGACGGCGACGAGGUGGAUCAUUUUGCUACGCAGUUCGGCGUAUUUUAG